AUGCGCUCCCGCAGCCCGCCCUCACAAUCUUCUCCCUGGCGUACUUACUUCGGUCCCUACAAUGGAUACUCGUCGCCAACGACGCCUCGGACACAGGAAAUCUCGAAAUGGAUGUGUGCAAUGCAAGGAACGCCAUAUCAAGGGCCUGAGAUUCAGGCAGCAUCUGAGCAACAGCAUUCCCAUUCUGCAACUGAUGAUCCUACCCGUCCGGCCGUCGAUUGCGUGCCAGUCGAGGCAGCAGCAGCAGCAUUAGGGUCAGAAUCGCAGACAGCCCCUCGGAUUGCCGACAGACCUGAUCGACGCUCUUCGGCGGAGUGGCUACAGAGCUUGCGCUUGUGGCAUCACUACACUACGCAGACGUGCUAUGUUCUGCCUCGGUCAAAGCAUCAUGUACAAGUGUGGAAAACUGCCGUGCUUGAAGCGGCGCAUUCACAUGCUUUUCUCAUGGACGGUAUGCUGGCUAUCGCUGCUUCACACUACGCCUUUGUAUACCCGCAGCAUCGAAAUGAGUAUACUCUCAUCUCUAUGGAGUACCAGACCCGCGCGAUCGAAUGGUUUGCCACGCGCCUCGACCACAUGAAUGAUGACAAUUGCGAUGCCUACUUCUUUCUGGCAUGCGUCAUCUUCAUGCUCAGCCUAUGUUCAAUAGCCCAAUCUGGUAGUAUGGGGGUCACCAUCACCUGCUCUGAUAUUGCACAAUCCUUGUCUCUUUUACAAGGAAUAAGGGGUAUUUUGGACUACAAACCCAUUGAAAGAUGGCCAGCCGAGAACACGGAGCUCGCCAUUUUGUUCAGGAAUCCUCGGACUGCUGUAGAGACCCGCAUCGAGUCCCCUUUCUCAGCUCGGCUUGACACAAUCAACCCACUCCUUGAUACACUUCCGCAAGGACUGGAGGUCAUGAACACUCGUUCUGUAUGCUUGUUAGCAUUAGACACCCUGAGGACUACGCAUCGGGCCUGCAAAAAUGUCCAGCCAGAUGAAGCAACCGUUUGGAGGUGGCCGUUCACUUUGCCGCCUUCGUUUCUUGGUUUGAUUUCUGGUGGGCAACCUGUUGCACUGAUCAUUCUCGCGCAUUUCGCUGCACUAGUACGUUCCUAUGAGCACGUCACUUGGUCCAGCAAAGGCUGGGGGAUAAACGUGAUGUUGGUGGUGGAGAGGGCCUUGGGUCAGGAAUGGCAGGCCUGGAUUGAGUGGCCAAAGUACAGCCUGAAAAACGAGAUUGACAUUGAUUCCAUGGAUCUUGACGUCAAUACCUAG